CUCGCUAAUAUACCUAACUGCAUGACAAUGAUUAACUGUAACUCUGAAUGGCGAAAUAUAUCAGCUACAUGGAGCGGAGAUAACAGCGUAAAUGAUUGUUUGAGUGACACAUCUUCUUUUGCUUAUGGCAUAUUUUCCAGGAUUGUACCACUUAUUACAGAAACUUAUAGUGUGAUGGACAAACAUAUAUUUUCUCUAUUUUGGGGAUUCCAGAAAACCGCUACUUUAGCUAUAAAUCUUUCACCAAUCUAUUUUCCGUGGGAAGUCCGAUUCACAUGGUUCAUCACUGGAGUAGGAUUAUUUCUUCAUGUGUAUCUAAUUAUUAACAUGCAGAAAUUUACAUCUGACCUUCAACAAAGGACGCUAGAAAUGCAGGUUAGACGUCAUUAUGUUGAGGAAAGGAUGAGGCAUCGUCGAUAUCUAGAAGGUCUCAGAAGGAGAUGGUUAUGAAUACUUUUCCACAAGAUCUAGUGACACACAUACAAUGACAUUAUCAAAUUUGUUAAAAAUAAUGGGUUUGAACAUUUUCAAUUGCUACAAUAUUAAUUGUUUACCUAGUAGAAUAUUUAAACUUGC